GGGGAUAGAGAGGAUUGUAGCAGAGCAGCCGACGGCCAUAAAAAAAAAAAAAGAGGUGGUUCUUUUGGUGAUCUUCAGGGCUUCUUUUUGGUCCAUUUUUGAACUUCUCCUCCUGGGCUUUGGAGGCAGUAGAGGGGAGAGAAAAAACAGCAGAUCCCGGCCGGAUUCCGGCGAUAUUUCGGUCUCCCUUAGCUAGGUGCAUUGUGCCUUAUAUUUCAUUGUAAGUUUGAGCUCUGAACAAGUCAGUCUCCUCAGUAGUGAAUUAUUGAUCAUGCAUGCUCAUCUAUGAAUCAAGAACUAAGGAACAGCUGCAAUCUCUAUCUAUACAGCAAGAAUCCAAGUCUAGAUAUCUCUUCCAUAUAGAAAUUGGAGGAAAAAGAAUGGUGCAGCUCUACAUGUAAUUCAUACUACAUCGUCGGUAGAAAUUUUUGUUCAAAUAAAGAAAUCAGUUCAGCAAAAGUUGUUUGGAAUAAAUUAGCCAAAAUGCAUCAAGAGCGGCAAUCUAAAUCGGAACCAGAAAUUGGUGUGGAGGGAUCAGAUGGAAAAGAAGAUGAGAUAACUGAAAUGAUUCAUUGUGAGGGGUUAGAUGGGGAAGAAGAUGUGAUAACUGAGGAUUUUCGCAUUGUGGAAUUGGGAAAGAGCAUUCGCAAAGGAGAUUGGAAUGCUGUUAAGCAGUUUUUUGUUUUUGACAAGCAUCCACUAGAUACAAUAAUUGAAGGCUACACUGCUCUUCAUUUUGCAAUACUGGCCGAGAAAUAUGAGAUUGCCGAGGAGUUGAUAAUGAUGAUGUCGGAAACAGAUCUGGAAAGAAAGACUGCGUGGAACCUUGGUGGUCACACUGCUCUUACCUUAGUUGCAACGACGGGAAGAACACACUUGGCAAGAUGCUUGGUCGAAAGGAACCACAGUUUACUUACAAUUGCAAAUGAUCAAGGCCAUAUCCCAGUGACUGCUGCAUGUGCUGUGGGCCACAAGGAGAUGACAAACUACCUUUAUGCUCUCACCCCACUCGAAAUCUUCCUACCACAAAAUGGCAGACAUGGAUCCGAUCUCAUGAGGGCGGGCAUGGAUAACAAAACUUUCGGUAAUCGUAUAAUCAAAAUUUUUUUAUUUUAUAUAGUGUCUUGUGUGUUAGGGAUCCAAGAUGCAUGAGAGGAGUUAGUGGCCCGGCCCACUGCCUUCCCUAUCCACACUAGUAGCAGAUACCUUGAUCGGAAAAUUUUUAAAAUUAAAUGUAACAUUAUUUA